AGAGAAAUGUCAAAUUAACAACUUGAGUAUGGACACUGUUUCUAACAUUUACCCGAUUUGGUUAAGUGAGAAACAUCCUAAUCCUAUGAUUUAUAAUAAUACAUCUAUUCCAUUUGUCCAUAUAUGUUUAUUUCAAUAUACCAAUCAAAAAUCUUGAGAACUGAUUAAGGUUUUAAAAAAUACAAAUAGGUUGAUAUGAUGUAGGGGCUAUCGAUUUUCAUUAUUAUAUAACAUAUUUUGGCCAUUAAAGGGGUGACAAAGUGUAAGGCAACAACAACAAUAAAAUCAUCAUUUAAAUAUUUCAAAGAAUUAGUAACAAAAAGUACAAAAGAAAUUCAACAUACCAUGUAAGUCACUUUUUUAUUUUCAGCAAAGCUAUAAUGAUAUCUACUAGCAGUGUUAAAUCUAAUACAGCAUUUGGACCACGCCUCUACAAACUUCCUGCUGUUAAAGAAUGCUUGUAUCAUCCACAACUGCCAACAUUUAGACGUAUGGACAUUGAUACUGCAGCCCACAAACUUCCAGAUGAACAUUGUCGGACAACAACUAGGUGUAAAAAUGAUAAUUUUAGAAGUGCUACAAUCACACUUUAUAGACCAGCUGAGAAACCACUUAACUGCACGAAUUUUAUGGAAAACAAUGGCCCACUGUCAAGUCUUUCAAACAGUCAUAUCAUUCCACUGAAUCAAAAUGGACCAUUGCUUGAAUGUAAUGAAGUUGCGAAAGCUGAUAUUGAAGGGACGUUGCCAUUUUCUGGUUAUACUAUGAGAUAUUUAUCACCAGUUGUUACUGCUUCAUGGAAGUAUUCUUUACGACAAGAACCUUUUAUAGAUCAGCACGGACAAAGACCUGUCCCGGCUAACAUCUUCAGCCGCCACAGAACUUUAUCUCCUUCCUACAGAGUUUCCACAGCUGCAUGGCGACCCUAAAGGCUCCAUAUUUUUAAUACAUUUUGUAUUAAUUUUUUUAUCCUAAAUGUAUUUUUUAUAAUUUUUUAAUAACUAAUUUAUAUUCAAUGUAUAUACAUGUGUGAAUUCGUGAAAGAAGAAGUCAAACUUCUCCUAGCAA